AUGUUUGUGACACUCCAAAAUAUUCCGUUGAUUUUUGUCGGCCUUGUUGUAGCUUAUUACUUGGUUCCGUACGUGCAAAAGUCGCAUCUGCGUGCUAUUCCAUCUGCCGGGUUUUCGGCGUUCACCAACUUUUGGCUACUGCUGCAGGCCCGUCGUGGUCAAAAGUACCUAGUGAUCGACGAGGCCCACAAGAAGCAUGGAACAUUCGUCCGCAUUUCACCGACUCAAGUCUCUAUUGCCGACGAUGAGGCUAUUCAGGGCGUCUAUGGACACGGCAAUGGUUUCUUGAAAGCGGACUUCUACGAUGCCUUUGUCUCUAUCCGCCGUGGCUUGUUCAACACCCGUGACCGUGCUGAGCACUCCCGCAAGCGCAAGACUGUUUCCCACACCUUCAGCGCCAAAUCCAUUGGUCAAUUCGAGCAGUAUAUUCACAGCAACAUUGAGGAGUUUGUGAAGCAAUGGAACCGUUUAUCUGAUCUCCAGAGUAACCCUACGACUGGCUAUGUCAGCCUCGACGCCCUGAACUGGUUCAACUACCUGGCCUUCGAUAUCAUCGGUGACCUGGCUUUUGGUGCCCCCUUCGGUAUGCUUGAAAAGGGCCAGGAUAUUGCCGAGAUGCGCCUGGACCCCAAGGACCCUCCCAAGUAUGUUGCCGCCGUCGAAGUUCUGAACCGACGCGGUGAAGUGUCCGCCGCUCUGGGCUGUAUGCCAUCUCUCAUCCCCUUCGCCAAAUACAUCCCAGACCGCUUCUUCUACGAAGGUAUGGAAGCCGUUGCGAACCUUGCCGGUAUCGCCAUUGCGCGUGUCAGCGAGCGUCUCAAGCCGGAGGUCAUGGCCAACAACACCCGUGUGGAUCUGCUCGCCCGCCUCAUGGAAGGCAAGGACGGAAACGGUAACCAGCUUGGACGCGCUGAACUGACUGCCGAGGCUCUGACCCAACUGAUCGCUGGUUCCGACACCACCUCCAACACUUCCUGCGCUAUCCUCUACUGGUGCAUGAUCACCCCACACGUUCUCCCCAAGCUGCACAAGACCCUGGACGAAGCUCUCCCCAAGGACAUUGAAGUUCCCACGCACGCCAUGGUAAAGGAGAUCCCUUACCUCCAAUGGGUAAUCUGGGAAACGAUGCGCAUCCACAGCACAUCUUCAAUGGGCCUUCCUCGCGAGAUCCCCGCCGGCUCCGCCCCCGUCGUGAUCUGCGGACGCACCUUCAAAGCCGGCGACGUUCUCUCCGUACCCAGCUACACGAUCCACCGCUCGAAGGAGAUCUGGGGUGCAGACGCCGAGGAAUUCGUCCCAGAGCGUUGGAGUCCCGAGCGUCUCACCGCCCGCCAAAAGGCCGCCUUCAUCCCCUUCAGCCACGGACCUCGCGCCUGUGUCGGUCGCAACGUCGCUGAAAUGGAACUGCUCGUCAUCUGCGCUACUGUGUUCCGACUUUUCGAGUUCGAGAUGCACCAGGAUGGACCUAUGGAGACACGUGAGGGAUUCCUGCGCAAGCCGCUUGCUUUGCAGGUUGGUAUGCGUCGCCGUCGGGUUUGA